AUGGAUGAGGAAUACAGUAGUCUUGUAAUCCCACCUCCACCGGAUGAGUCAUUUAGUUUACAGGACAUUGAUAUUGUGCCUGCUCCUGUUGAUUGUGUGCAAGAAAAGAGAAAGACGUUCCAGAAACGGGAUUCAGAGGUGUAUUUAAAAAAAACUUUGGAAAGAAAGUUAAAUGCGUUGUUGAACUCUCUGUCGUCGUACAGUCUGGAGGAAGAAGAGGCGAUGGGACAUUUUCGUCGUACUUCUUCACUACGACUUGGCCGGUGUGUCUCGUUAGACUUUCUUAAUGAGCCGAGGAAGCCAGAGGUGAAGGAAAAGAAUAGCGACCUUGUUGUUGGGUCUGUGAGAGUAAAGACUAAAGUGCGGCCAAAACUAAGCAUCGAGCGUCCAUUCCAGUCAGGUAGUGGUCAUGUUGCAUUGCCAUUGAAAACAAACUCUCUUGACAGGAUGACUAAUGGGGAAGCAAGUGGUUCAGAAAAACAGGCCAACCAUGCCAAACCUGCCUCGAGUAUCCGAAGUGCUCAGUCUGUUGAUGUGUUGCCGACAGAAAAAGAGGAUAAAUCACUUAGUGACAGAAGUGAUAGUGAUGCAUCAGUAAGUGAAAGUUUUGCUUCUCUGAAGGCAAAGCUGCAGUCAUAUAGAGACAAUUUACUCAACAGGAGUUUAAGACGCAAGAAAAAACUUGCCGAACACAGUACUUCAGAAGACAACUAAGGUGACAGAUCCUCAUUGGAUGGAGAUAUAAUGCAACGAAGAAGUUCUCUCACAAGAUCAAACUCAUUUUCAUCUCUGAUUCGAAGAUCUCUGGGCAGAUCGUCAGGGAAAGAAGUUAAGGCUCGUUCUUCUUCAGCAACGCGGGAAGAAUCUCAAGAGAUGACAAAUGAGGAGGGGAAGGCUGCUGUGAAGGACAAGAAAUACUUUAACACGCUGACAACUCCGCGCCAAAACUUUCGACCAAACACUUGGACCAACCAAUCACAGGAUGAUUUCUAUGUUGCCAUUGACGACCAGUUGGUAGGUUUUACAUACACUUUAUAAGUCAUGCCUCAUUU